GUUCUAACACCAUCAUCACAUUGUUGGAAUUGGUCAUGUUGUUGACUUCUAUCAUGGGUAACGUAAAUGCUACCGAUCAGGUUCCCGACAACCAAGUAUGGACCCCUCCAACAGCAACAUUCUUCUAUGGCCAGCCAAAAGCUAACAUCAGCUGCAAAUUUCUCGGGACUCCAUACGGUGUCUACUGGAUGAAAGGGAGUAGCCCGGCUACUGCAGACACGCUUCUAUCUCUCACCAAAGGGGAAGUAUCCGGACCAAAGUUUGACGAUGGAUCGCUUACUAUUACUGAGGACUACUCUCUCGUCUUUAAUAAUGUUCAAGCUGGUGAUGAAGGCAAUUACAUAUGCAGAGUUUCAAAUCAUAACGGCUAUCUGUUCGACAAUAACACUGAUGUCAUGGUCUUAGAUCCGGCUCAAGUGAGCAUUUUUACAGAACCGAGUAUUACAGGAUGGGCCGGGCAUUCGGUCAAUCUUCAGUGUGCUUUCAGAGGCACCCCUGAACGAGUCCUCUGGAACAGAGUCCAAGGGGAAGCUGAGUCUAAGAGCGUCGAAACUGUCCUGAGAUACACGUCAGGUGGAAAUGAGGUGCUGGGAGACAGGAGAUAUAGUUGGAGCGAUAACUACGGACUGAUCAUAAGGGAUCUACGGGUCUUGGACGAAGGGAAUUUUACUUGUAUGGUUUCCAAGACGGGUGGAACUGAGAUUCAAAACACGACAGUCUUGGCCGUGCAUGCUCGUGCAGAAAAGCCGUACAUCCAAAUCGCGCAGUGUAAGUCUCAACCCGAAAUAGCUACAAAUGGCACAACUCCUGAGCCUUGUCAGUACAAUGUGACUGAAGAUAAGGAUUCCUUUGAGCUGCAAUGCUCGGUCAUACGAGCCAAGCCACGUGUGGAUAUUCUCUGGCAGGAGGAGUCGCAGAACCUCACUGCAUCGCAGAUUGUCACUCAGAGGGGUGAUGGUGCCUUUGACGUGACAGCAACCAUAAGCAGAAGGACAAACCAAUCCGAUCAGUUCCAUUUCAGGUGCAUUGCUUCUGGUCUGGCUGUCAAUGGAACCGCAGAACGCACUGUGAUUGUUGAAAUCAUCAAACCUGUUCAAGGAUCACUAUCAGGAUCCCUAUCAGGUGGAUACAUCUUCCUUAUUCUCCUUCUUGUCGUGGUUAUUUCCGCUUUUUUGAUCUUCGUCGUUUGUAGAGGGUGGAAGUAUCACAAAACAGAGUGCCCUCGUGUCAACUAUGUCUCCGUUGAGUCUAAACAAAAUGCAGACUCUGGGACGAGACGUGGGUUUAAAUGGAUCAUGACGAGAGAUUGUGUUUGCUGGGUAUUUUGUUGCAAGAAAAAGGAGGAUAGAACUCACGAAAGUGUUGAAAUACAAUCACUGAACGAGGAAGAGACUGAGUUGGGGAACCUUAGAGAGAAGCUGAAAAGUUACAGACCUGGAAAAGACACGGGAAUGGCAGGUGUAGACAUACCCGACUCGUCGAUCCAUAUCGGCCUUUUCGGUGCCAUGGGUGCAGGAAAAUCAUCCUUUAUCAAUUCACUGCACUUUGCUCUCAAGGAUGAUUACAAAAAUGUUGCCAUCGAAGCCGGUAAUGCAGCAGGUGGUGGUCAAACCAAGUUCAGGGAGACGGUACAGCUAACAGAUCACAUACACAUUGUUGACAAUCGAGGAAUGAAGGACUUCUCGUCGGAACAAAUUGAGAAACAUUUGAUGCCUCAGAUUCGGGGAGAACGAGGACUUGAUCCCAAGGAAAAGGUUAAGAAAGGAACUGGAAAGCAGAUCCACUGCCCUGUAUUCGUGUGCAAUCUAAGUCAACCAGUUGGUCGUGCGUCUACGCUAAAAUUUAUCACAGAAUUUUCUGACAAAGUUAAGGGUCACUUUGGUCGUAACGUAAUGGUUGCCGUCACUCAUAAAAGUAAACUGGAUGGCUCUGCAGAAGCAGAUGGAAGCUUGGAGGAAGUAGUGCGUUUGAUUAUAGAUGACGGCGGUGUUCCAAGUAAUUCCAUACAGACAUUCGAGAACUAUACUGAAGAUUGUCACGCUCACGAUGCAAUGAAAAGUAUUGAAUAUUUGAAGUUUCUGUGCACGUGCUUGGAAAUAGGAGAGAUAAAUAUUAAAGCCAAAAAAAAAGAAAAAAAAAAUUUCUAGGCAUCGUGCUGAAGCCUUAGUACUGGCAGUAUGUACUAGUAUACAAAUAUUGACUGCUCAUGAGGAUGAUGGUAGGAACUAUCACUCCCAAGGUGGUGGUGAUAAAAGGGCCGGUGUGAACACCACCGAGGGAGUGGUAGUUCCCACCACCAUCCGAUUACAUAGCAGUCCAUAUUUGUUUUAUAUACCUCAUCCUUUUUAUUGAUUCAUGAUUAGGUCUAGCUGUAGGUCUAGAUCUAGCUUUUAAAAAAACAGGAAAUGAGAUCAAGAGGAAUUAACCCACCAGAAUAAGAAAAAUCCAACAUCAAGUCCAAGGCAAGAGUAUUGAAUUCCUACGCGCUGCGCGUAACCGCGCGAUUGCGGUAGCCUAGCAACUCAAACAAUUUGUGUGCUCAACUAAGUCGCGGGAGGGGUUAGGGGUCCUAUCCCAGGGUUUGAUAGUAGCUAUCAAACCCUCUGACGUAAUGAUACUUGACAGAUCGAAAUGCUCCUUGACAUGUGAUAUAGUUUUGACCAAUCAGUGAAUGACAAUCUAUGUAUGAGGUAUAUAAUAAUAUACGUCAUUGUGCGAGGCAUUCACUUUUACUAAACGGAAUGAGGCUUCUUCUCUAUAACGCCACUUUACAAUGACAGAUUGCAAUGCCUGUUCGUUUCUAUGUCUUUAUUAAUCCAAUGUCAUAUUUCAUUUGAGCAUUGUUUGAAAGAGAAACAAAAAUUGAAAUCUAUACCUUAAUAGUUAAUUUGAUUAAGACUUGAUAAUAAACGUACCCAAUGUAAACAUGUACAUAUUGUAACGGCUCAUAUAGUAAACGGGCAAUGGCAUCUUGGUAUACUAUUCGGUAAUCAAAUAAUGUUCAGAUAAUGAAAUCACCUGUUAAAUCAUAAACCGUGCAUAUUGUCUUUAUUAGGCGCAUUUAUACUGUCAAAUACCUCAUUUUGAAAAGUCGCGAUGUUUCACGCAGCCGUUUACACUUGUGCGGAAACAUCACCGACUGAAAAGCUCAGUGAUGUUUUGGCGUGUUUCAGUUGGUAAUGCGCAUGCGCAGCACUCCGAUGCAAACACUUUCCUCUUUCUAUCUUUCCUUGUUAUUCUUUGUUUUUCCUUCUAUCACCUUCUCUUAUGUUAUUCUUUAUCACUUCCUUCUAUCACUUUCUC